GGCGGAGGGGGGCGGGGCGAGGGCGGGGCUCCCCGGCGGCCCCGCCUCCCGCUAUAAGAGCGGUUGUCCGCGCGCACCGCGACAGUGAUCGGGCGCUGCCGCGGCUCGGCGCAUGCGUGUGGCGCUGCCGGCCGCGCGGGGACAUGCGGAGCUGCGUGACGCUCUCGGGGGAAUGCAAAUUGCAGCAAGUCUGUCACCCACUGAAUUUCUAGGGUUGGGAGACUGAUCACAGAGCAGUACACAAUGUCAGCUGCGGGAGUUGCUGCUCAGGAGAUGAGAGUCCCAUUAAAAAAUGGAUUUCUUCAUGCUAAUCAAGGUGUGGGGAGUCUGAAAACCUGCUGGGGUAGCCACAGUGGAUUUGAGAACUUCUUUAAUGUGGACCCUAUAGCAGUGGCAUAUAACUUGAAUCCAUCAGCAGAGCAACAUUUACCAUCCAUUGGGCACUCUUCCAACCAUGUUUCCAGAAGCAACCACAGCUUUGCUGAAAGUUGUAUCCAGGUCCCAUCUCAGAAAUCUAGUCCAGCUCCUGUAAGUCCCAAAAAUGAACAGCCAAUUUCAAGAUGUGAAGACUAUCUUGCUCCUGGCUUUAGUAAACUGUCAUUAGCUGUAGGCUAUGUUUCUGAAGAAACACCUCCUCACAUGCCAACAAAAAAUGGGCCAAUUCAGUUUCUGUGUGCAUCUUCCAAUGACCGUAGCUCCAGGCCACUACCCCCUCUGCCUAUUUCGGAGGAUCUUACUCCAGAUGAGGUUGACAGAGAAGUGGAAUUCCUGACUAGUUCAGAUACUGACUUUUUGUUAGAAGAUUAUGAACUUCCUCCUUUUAAAUCCAGUGCUCCGAGCCGGCGGAGCUUUAGGGGUUGUGGACAAAUCAACUAUGCAUAUUUUGAUGCUCCAGCAGGACCAAAAACAGAAGAUACCAACCCCACACAAAGCCUAAAUGGAUACACAUCCAGUAUUUAUCCUCCCCCACAGCAGCUGCAUCGACGUUUGCGAAGGUCUCAUUCAGGCCCAGCUGGCUCUCUUAAUAAACCAGUAGUGAGACUAUCUGGGUACUUAAACAGGUCUUCUCCAAACUCUGAUGAAGAUAAACCAGAGAUUCCACCUAGGGUUCCCAUACCUCCAAGGGCUCUCAAACCAGAUUACAGAAGGUGGUCAGCAGAAGUUGCUUCUAGUGCAUACAGUGAUGAAGAUAGGCCUCCCAAAGUGCCCCCUAGAGAACCUCUGUCACGGAGUAAUUCCCGUACACCGAGUCCUAAAAGCCUGCCGUCAUACCUCAAUGGGGUUAUGCCCCCCACCCAGAGUUUUGCACCUGAUCCUAAAUAUGUCAGCACCAAAGCUCUGCAAAGA